AUGGACGCUACCAUAGAGAACACAGAAUUUUUGGAUUUCUUAAACACUACCCAAUCAGGAGCGGCACAUAACUCUGUGGGAAUCUCUUUUGAGUCAUUUCUGUCGUCCCUGAUCUUUUCUCUUGUGUAUUGUUCCCUGCAGGUGUUCAUAUUUACCUACCUGAGAACCAGAUUCAAGGAAUUUUACCAGCCGCUCUGCUAUUGCCUGCCAGAAAGCAUCCGGACGCCGCCAUUGUCAGACCAUCUUUUAGCAUGGGCGAAACCUAUCGUCUACACCCCGAUUGGCACCUUUUACCGACUAGGACUGGACUCGUACUAUUUUCUGAGAUUCAUGUACACGCUACUGAUACUUUUUGUCGGAAUGGCCUGUCUCAAUAUUCCAGUGCUCAUUCCAGUGAACUUCUGUGGCGGAGAUGAGCUAACUAAAGGGAUUGUAAGAGGGCUCGACAGAAUAUCCACCUCCAACAUCUCAUCACGAAACACCAAUAAGUACAUGUUCCAUUUCGGCAUGGCUAUUUUUGUGAUCCUAUGGUUUCAUUAUGUGCUCAUUUACGAGAUGAAAAGCUGCGUUGAAGAGCGUCAGAAACAUCUGGUGCUGAGCUCCAAAGUCCAGUAUAAACGGGCUUCUUUGUCGACUGUGCUGCUCGAAAAUAUCCCGCACGACCUGAUGGACGAGAGUGCCAUUGAGCAAUUUUUUGCUACUCUCCCCGGAGGGGUCAAAAAAGUGUGGCCAAUCUUAGACUAUCGCAAUGUGGAGGCACUAGUCCAAAAGUAUGAAAAAUAUAGAAGCCUCUUAGAAGAGCUGGAACUGAAUAUCAUCAAAGAUAAAACGCAGAAUCGAGUCAAUCACGCUACCAAAUACUUCUACGAGCCCUUUGAGCUAUUUGGGUUUGAAUGCACAGUUCCCGGCAUAUGCAAAGUUGUGGAUCCAUACGACCAUACUGCGGGACAGAUGCUGCUCCUGGGGGAGCUAAUUUUGGCCAAACAGCGCGAGCUCAAGUCCGUAAAGUUACGAAGCUCAAAAAUCAACAAAGCGUUUGUGCAGUUCAACAAGAUCAGCACCGCAUACCUUGCGCGCCAGCUCUUACUAACGAGAAACCCAAAAGGCAUGACGGUCACUCUCAUGGAAAUGACUCCGGAUGACGUUAUCUGGAAGAACAUUGUGCGCUCGGACCAAACAGCUUCAAACGUGAUAUGGAACGCAGCAAUGUUUUUCGUUUCAAUUUUGAUCAUUGUCUGCUGGGUAGUCCCAGUGGCCUUUGUGGGGUCAAUAUCGCAACUCCCUUAUCUCACUGCGCUCAUUCCAACCAUCAGCUGGCUAAACGGACUCCCAGAUUUUCUAACAGCAUUCAUUGCAGGAAUUUUGCCUACAAUAGUGCUCACGUUGCUGACGUCUGUUGCGCUGCAAAUAUUCAAGGUUGUCGGAUGCAAGCGAGGGAAGAUAGUGGGUUCUUCCUUGGAGCUGAGUCUUCAGAGCUGGGUAUUUGUGUUCUUAUUUUUCCACCUUUUCAUUGUGAUCACCAUCUCCUCAGGGUUCAUUGUGGUGCUGGAACGGUUUCUUCUCAAUCCAAGCGCCAUCCCGGCAAUGGUGGCACAAGACUUCCCCAAGGCCUCCAACUUCUUCUUCUCGUUCUUCAUUUUGAAAGGCUUGACAUGUUUCGGGAAUAGUCUCCUGCAGUUCGGAAGGUUCUCGUCAGAUCUAUGCAUGGACAAACUGAUCGACAAGACUCCGCGAGAAAAGCUUCACCGUCGCAUGAGCAUUCCUCAGCCCAGCUGGGGACUCACAUACCCGACCUACUCCGUGUACGGCUCGAUCGGUCUGGUGUACUCUGUGAUAUCUCCUUUGAUUCUUGUAUUCUGCUGCAUCAACUUCCUUUUGGACCUGUUGUCAUACAAGUACUGUCUCCUCUAUGUUUACAACUACAAGAACAGUUCGGAGACAGGAGGGAAAAUUUACUCGAUCGCGCUUCGUCAACUGUACGCGGGAGUCUACAGUCUCGAGGUGUUUCUUAUCGGAUUGUUCUUCAUUGUGAAAGACGACAAGGGCGAAAACACCUGCUUCCUUCUGGGCAUCAUGAUGGUUAUAGUUUUGGUGUUGACUAUAUGUGUCCACAUUUCUAUCAAUAACCAGUACGACAAGUCACUGAGCGUUGUUCCGCUGGAACUGUUCGAAGAGCUGGAUCGAGAAAUAAAGUUUGAACAUGACUUUGACACAGCCUCCAUUUUCUGUCAUCCUUCGUUACGGUUCGAUCCGCGCAAGCAGGUGGUCUGGAUCCCCAAAGAUCCACACGGACACAGCGACAGAGAACGCCAGAAACUGGAACUGCUUGGACUCAAGGUCUUUGACCAGGGCUGCACGAUCAGCAGCAGGGGGAGACUGGAAAUCCUGAUGUCUCCGCCAGACUAUGUUUUUUGA